UCGGUCUUCACUGAUAAAACCCCACGCUGGCCACAUCGAAACUAAUUAAUAAUACUACCCAUUCUUAUCAAACACUCCUUGCAGGGUUCGAUAUUGACUUGGAGUUACCUCUGAGUACAUAUUCGUUAUUCUCAAAUCAAUUAGGACAGCAGACCUCUAUUGAAUAUUUCACCAAGGUCAAGUAACCAAUCUUGCACUUGUUCCAAUGCAUCUCUUACCCGAACUCGCAGUUGCCCGUAUGCUAAGAGAGCUGAGUCGGGAACAAUGUUAUACGCUUCUUGAUGCUUUAUCCGAAGCGUUAGUGAAGGUGUCGGCUCAGACGACAACCCCCGAGCCAAAGCGACUCAUUCAUCAACCACUUCGCACAUCUAUUACAACCAAAGACCAAAACUUAUCGCUCUUCAUGCCCGUGUCGGAUACUUCGAAUACAGGAAUCAAGAUCGUAACACUCUCCCAAAGACAAGGUCCUACUGGAGUCAUCAACAUCUUCUCGCCCGAGGGCAAAUUGCUAGGUUUACUUAGCGCUACAGAAGUCACCGCAUUCCGCACUGCCCUUGCGGUCAUGACACUCUUUGUUCGCUGUCAUUCAUUGAAGAAAGAGAAUAUCGUGAUCUUCGGCGCUGGGAGACAGACUGAGUGGCAUGCGCGGCUUGCACUCCUCCUCGUCCCGGAACAGGUCCGCAGCAUUACGCUUAUAAACCGGGGUCGGAAGAGGCUAGAUGAGAUGAAAGAUAUUAUUACAGCGCUGCAAGUCCAACAUCCUAAUGUUGUGUUCAAGACUCUGGCGAAAGAGGAUACGCCGGACUAUCAGGAACAGCUUCGUUCCGCACUGGCAUCGUGCGAUGUCGUCUUCAGCUGUACUCCCUCCACAGAGCCCAACUUCCCGCAUUCCUACCUCCAGCCAUUCAGGCAGCGAUUUAUCUCUCUCAUUGGCUCGUACAAGCCUCAUAUGAAAGAGAUUGACUCGGAGACUCUCUUUUCUGGCGGGAACAAGAUCUAUGUCGAUUCGAAGGAGGCAUGUCUAGAGGAGGCAGGCGAGCUCAUAGAGGCGCAAGUAAAGAAGGACCGGUUAUUAGAGGUUGGGGAAGUGUAUGGGAAGCUUGGAAAGUCGGAUCCGAUUGUUGUACCGGACGAGCAUAAUGUGGUGUUUAAAUGCGUGGGAAUGGGAAUCAUGGAUCUCGCCAUUGGAAAGACACUGUUGGAUCUUGAUAAAGAGAAGGGACUGGGAAUGGAGGUUGAUGGGUUCUAGAUUAAUUAACUUCGAGAGUCUAUGGGGAGAGCCAAUGAACUUUUAAGGGGUUAGAAUGAGUUAGGAGGAACUCUGCUCAAAUAUAUACAUAUAUCUCUGCAGUCAGCAUGCGAUGUAUAUAAUUAUACUUCCACUGGCAA